AUGGAGUCCCCCGUACCUUUCAUUGGCUAUUACCACGCUAAUCCCCUCGAUUUAAUGUCAGCAUCAAGAGACAUUCGGAAUUCUCGUUCGAGCUUUUCGUCGGCUUCCUACCCGUUGCUGCCGCACUCUUCUAGUCCACGUCCCAAUUUAUGUUCACCGAUAUUGCCUUAUUGGCAAAGUAGCGAUACUUCCUGCAUUUUGCUUACUAUAUCCGGUAAAGGUGGGGUUGGAAAAUCUACGAUUUCUGCCCAGCUGGCCAUUGGAAUGUGGAAGAAGGGGCUGCGUAUAGGUGUCCUGGAUACUGAUUUCUGUGGUCCUUCAAUACCCCAAAUUCUGGGGCUUUGCAACAAAAAGAUUCAUGCCUGCCCUGAAGGAUGGAUGCCUGUUUUUGCAGAUGGUAUCACCCAGCGCUUGCCCGUUGUCUCCAUUGCUUUUCUUUUGGAUGAUCCGGAUUCUGCUAUCAUUUGGAGAGGUCCCCGCAAGUCAGGCAUGAUUAGUGAACUGCUCAACUCCGUCUGCUGGGGAAAGUUAGAUUGCCUAAUCAUCGAUACGCCGCCGGGUACUUCCGACGAACAUCUCACUGUACUGGAAAAUAUACAGAAAAACUGUUCCAACCGACUUGCUGGAGCCGUUGUCGUUAGCACGCCACAGCGUGUCGCUCUGUGUGAUGUGCGCCGUGAAUUGGGUUUCUGUGCAAAAACUAAUCUCAAAGUAAUUGGUCUGGUCGAGAACAUGAGUGGUUAUCGGUGUCCACAAUGUACUCAUUGUUCUAACUUGUUUUCUUCAGGAGGGGCAGAGUCACUGGCUGCGGAGAAACAAGUUCCAUUUCUUGGUGAGAUUUCGCCGUUCAGUGUGUUAGAAUUGCAGUUGGGUGUAUCACCUAUUCAUUUUUUUGUUGCGUUCGUGUGA